ACCAGCCCAGCAGCCCCGGGAUGGACAUUGGCGUCAGAGCCGGUUCUGCUGUUUGCUGCCACACAUGACCCUGGGGACCUGGCAGGGCUGGGACCCACAGAGUGGCUUACAACAGGAUCCAGAAUCCCUGCAGCAAGGGGCACAAUGGCAGCCUGCCACGCCUCCAGGUCCUGGCACCACCGCCAAGGUGCAAUGGCGCCGACGCGGCUCUGCCUCCUGCUCCUGCUGAGUGCACUUGCCACCGCCACCAACCCCGGCAUCACAGCCCGGCUGACCCCGAGGGCACUGGAAUUCGGCCGGCAGUUGGGGCUGGAGCUGCUCCAGUCGCGGCUGCAGAAGGAGCAUGAGCUGAACCUGACGGGCUCCUACCACAGCCUGCUCCUGGGGACACUCACCUACACAGUGCCGCGGAUCCAUGUCCAUGAGCUGCAGAUGAACGACUCCGCUGUGGAUUUUGUGGAGGACGUGGGGGUGAGGCUGAGGGUGCAGCACGCCCGUGUCCAGCUCAGCGCUGACUGGGAAGCCCAGCUGGGUGCCAUCCAGGACAAGGGCCCUGCUGAGCUCCGCACGCGUGACCUGGCCGUGGAGUUGGUGCUGGGAGUGGGUGUAGAUGGCAGCGGCCGCCCCAUGGUGUGGAGUGCUGGCUGUGAUGCUCAUGGCACCAACCUGCACGUGGAGUUCCACCAGGGACACAGCUGGUUCUACAACCUGCUGGCACCGCUGCUGCAGAGAGUCCUGCGGCAGGAGCUGAACAAGCAGCUCUGCCCUGAGCUCCACAGGGGGGUCGGCCAGCUGGAGGCUGCACUGAAGGGCAUGAGAGUGUCCUCCCAACUCGACCCUUUUGCUGCCAUUGACUACUCCCUGCUGGGGCAGCCGCUCAUUGCGGCAGAGCACGGGGAUGUCGCCAUCAAGGGGGAGUUCUUCAGGGUGGGCAAGUGCCAGCAGAGCCCCUGCUCACCGCUGCCCACAGCGCUGCCUGUGCCGCUGCCCGUGGCACUGCCCAUGGUGCACGAGCCCAUGCUGCUGCUGGCUGUAACCGAGUUUGUCGCCAACUCAGCCGCCUUCACGUACUUCACGGCUGGGGCCCUGCGCAGGAACAUCUCGGGUGACAUGCUCCCCCGGCGGUUCCCGCUUCAGCUGAGGACCAAGAGUCUGGGGCUCUUCUCCCCACAGCUGCAGGAACGCUACCCGGAUCAGCCCAUGGAGCUGCAGCUCUGGGCCCGCCAGCAGCCUCUGCUCUCCUGCCGCCCUGACGCGCUGCAUGGGACCCUCUUCGGCUCUGCUGAGGCCUUCGUGGUGCUGCCCAAUGCCACCCGAAUCCCUGCUUUUCUGCUGAACAUCGAUGCCAACGUGACAGGGAAGCCAAGCAUCAGUGGGAACAGGCUCAGGGGCACCGUGAAGCUGACGGGGCUCAGCGUGACGCAGGUGACAUCGCGUGUGGGCCCUGUGGAGGUGACGAGGCUGGAGACGCUGCUCAAGUUUGGGCUGUGGCUUUUCGGAGUGCCCUGGGCAAACAAGCGGCUCCAGACUGGUGUCCCCCUGCCCAACCUCCAUGGCCUCCGCCUGCUCAACCCCCAGCUUUCGCUGCAGGAGGGCUUCAUGCUCAUCGCCACAGACCUGCAGCACCAGACCUGAGACCAGCCACUGCACGGGAACCUGCCUGUCCCCUGCUAGCCGUGUCCCUGUCACUGGGGCCUGUGGCCAGCAGAGCCACCCACUCCCCAGUCGCUGGGGGCUCCUUGGCCGGGAUUAAAGCUGGGAGUGUGGCUCAGACUGGUGUGGUGUCUCAGGGAGCCCCUGCAGCUGGGAUGGUCCCAUCCCCAGCUCCAUGCUGGCACAUCACUCGGUCCCUGGCUCCGUGUGGCUCCAGCUGUGCCAGGGCGAGGGGUCCUGUCCCUGUGCCAGGUCCUGCAGCACCACUGGGUGCAGGUGGACGGGGCUCAGGGGCGCUGGGCCCAGGGCUGCUGGUUCUUGGGGACCAGGGAGGGAAGGUGUCACCUCAACACUGACACCAUGCGGGUGCCCUCUACCCCAGCAGCGGCCGCUGUGGCUGCAGCUCCUCGGCAGCUUCCACCAGCGCCCACGGGAUGGUGCUCGUGUCCGUGGCCUCCCACGGGCUCCACUCCCCAAGGUUUGGGCCAUCCCCAGCAGGCGGCCAUACACCACCCAGCUGGGGCUCAGACCCUGCAGAGAUGAUCCCCUCAACCCAAAAUCUGCCCAAAUCCCUCCCCCCGCCCCCACCAAACUUCGGCGCUUGCAAAGACCACAGCAGCACCAGCAACUCCAAG